CCGAUAACACAGCAUUGCCUGGAGAAGGCUGGAUCUGAGAGUCGCAGUACAGUGGCAAACUGCAGAGCAAGUUGUUUCUCCAGCCGUGAGGUGCAGCCUCCCGCCCCGGUGCAGCAUAGCCACUGUAAGAAGGCGUUCACUGUACGGACACCAGACUUGUCGUGGAAGGGGCAGUUGUGAGAUUCCCUUGCAAACUGACAGACAAGAAUGGCUUGUGAAAUCAUGCCUUUGCAGAGUUCACAGGAAGAUGAAAGACCUAUGUCACCUUUCUAUUUGAGUGCUCACGUAUCCCGAGUCAGCAAUGUUUCAACAACAACUGGAGAACUCUUAGAAAGAACCAUCCGGUCAGCUGUAGAACAGCAUCUUUUUGAUGUUAAUAGCUCUGGAGGUCAGAGUUCAGAAGACUCUGAAUCUGGAACAUCAUCGGCAUCUUCUGCCACAUCCACCAGACAGCAACGAUGCCUGUCCAAGGAGCAGCAUGAAGUUCGACGUGGUCGAGACAAGGGACUUAUCAACAAAGAAAAUAUUCCUUCUGGGUUCAACAACCUCGAUGAUUGUAUUUUGAAUACUCAGGAAAUGGAAAAAUUACACGAAAAUACUUCUGAUUAUACUGGAGAAAGGAGCAAACUUAAACGUCAAAAAUCCAGUACUAAACUUUCUGAGCUCACUGGAAAUCAAGAUGGUCUUGUGAAUAUGGAAAGUCUCAGUUCCACACAAUCUCAUGAGAGGACUGGACCUGAUGAUGUUGAACUGAUGUCCAGUGAAAGCAAAGAAAAUGAAAAAGAUGGUGGACACACCCAGCAUUUGGCGAGCCCCACGAUGAAGAUUCAGGAGCAUCCCAGCAUAUCUGACACCAAACAGCAGAGGAAUCAAGAUGCCAGUGACCAGCAGGAGAGCUUUGUCUCCGAAGUGCCCCAGUUGGAUCUGACUGCAUUGUGUGAUGAGAAGAGCUGGGAAGAGCCCGUCCCUACUUUCUCCUCCUGGCAGCGGGAGAACGUGGACUCUGACGAAGCCCGCCUCUCCCCGCAGGCCGGGCGCCUGAUUCGUCAGCUUCUGGAUGAGGACAGUGACCCCAUGCUCUCUCCUCGGUUCUACACUUACGGGCAAGGUCGGCAGUACCUGGAUGACACAGAAGUCCCUCCCUCGCCCCCAAAUUCCCAUUCUUUCAUGAGGAGGCGAAGUUCCUCUCUGGGGUCCUGCAAUGAUGAGCAAGAGGACCUGACACCUGCCCAACUCACACGGAGGAUUCAGAACCUCAAAAAGAAGAUCCGAAGAUUUGAGGACAGAUUUGAAGAAGAGAGAAAGUACAGACCAUCUCACAGCGACAAAGCAGCCAAUCCAGAGGUUCUGAAAUGGACAAAUGACCUUGCCAAGUUCCGGAAGCAACUUAAAGAGUCAAAACUAAAGAUAUCGGAAGAAGACCUAGUCCCCCAGAUGCGGCAGCGAAGCAACACACUGCCCAAGAGUUUUGGUUCCCAACUUGAGAAAGAAGACGAUAAGAAGCAAGAGCUGGGAGAUAAAGCCCUAAAGCCUGGCGUGGAAGCCACGCUGGAGUCUAUCCAGAGGAGGCUCCAGGAGAAGCGUGCAGAAACCAGCCGUCCCGAGGACGUUAAGGAUAUGACCAAAGACCAAAUUGCUAAUGAGAAAGUGGCUCUGCAGAAAGCUCUGUUAUAUUAUGAAAGCAUUCAUGGACGGCCGGUAACAAAGAAUGAACGUCAGGUUAUGAAGCCACUGUAUGACAGGUACCGGCUGGUCAAACAGAUCCUGUCCCGAGUCAACACCAUACCCAUCAUUGGAUCCCCCUCCAGCAAGCGGAGAAGCCCUUUGCUGCAGCCCAUUAUCGAGGGUGAAACUGCUUCCUUCUUCAAGGAGAUCAAGGAAGAAGAGGAGGGGUCAGAAGACGACAGCAACAUGAAGCCAGACUUCACGGUCACUCUGAAAACGGAUUUCAGUGCACGUUGCCUUCUGGACCAAUUUGAAGAUGAGGCCGAUGGAUUUAUUUCUCCAAUGGAUGAAAAAAUACCAUCAAAAUGCAGCCAGGACACAGGACUUUCCAAUCUCCAUGCUGCUUCAAUACCUGAACUCUUGGAACACCUUCAGGAAAUGAGAGAAGAAAAGAAAAGGAUUCGAAAGAAACUUCGUGAUUUUGAAGACAAUUUCUUCAGACAAAAUGGAAGAAAUGUUCAGAAGGAAGACCGCACUCCUAUGGCUGAAGAAUACAGUGAAUACAAGCACAUAAAGGCAAAACUAAGGCUCUUGGAGGUGCUCAUCAGCAAGAGAGACACUGACUCCAAGUCCAUGUAAAGGGCUGGGCAGACGCAGAGAGAAUUUACUUCUCCCCUGGUAAAGAAGCUCUGGAAGGCAGUCUUGGAGCUGGCCCUGCAAAGCAUGCAGCCCUUCUGCCCCUAGGCCAUUGGGAUCGGUUCCGGUUUCUAGUGCCUGCCUUAGAAACUGCCUGGAUGGGAGAAGACAAUGUGACCUGACUUAGGAAUUUUGUAAUGGGAAAGUCAAGAUUCCUGUGCGUGCACGGGCUCGCGUGCGCACACACACACAUGCACCAUAGUGGGAGCUUUGUUGACACUAGCAGUGAUGAAUCACUACAUUAGACACACUCAUAUACAGACAAUAUACACUGUUCUUCCCUGGAUAACUGAGAAACGUGAGACCGUUCUCUGUCUAACUGUGAUAAAAAACGAGCUCAGGAUUUGACUCUGUAAAGCAAACUUGCUGUGGAGGUCCGUGUUCUCCCUGGACCCAGCUGAGUGUGAUCAUGCAUUGGAGCCCUCUUUGCUGCCUUGGUAGCGACUGUUCCACACAGCUGCGCCUUUCCCACUCUUGUGAAUUGUUUUCCCCUGCAGCUCUCAGGUAGAGGGAAACUGCAUCUGCCCACAUGGCGGUGCAAUCUGUUUGAAGGGGACAUUUCCUCAGAACUUCCUCAGCUGACAAAGAAUUUUGCUCCCUGACUAGGACUAGAUCAUCUGCAGAGGACAGAGGUGGUAGCAGCAGCUAUAUGAAUGCUGAUUUUAAAACCAGGUAGCAGGGUGAAGAGCCUGGAGAUUCUUUCCUGAACACUGACUGCACUUGCCAGUCUCUGGUUUAACCUCAAACACUAAGCGAGGCCAGCAUGCUUAUGGCAACCUGUUUGACUUGAGUUCUUUGUGGCACUAGCCAAACAUAAAGGGUCUUGCUUAAUUCUUAGCCUAAAUAUAGAGGAUCAUGGGAGAGAGGGAGCCUGUGUUCUAAACCUCCUGAGUACUAACCAGAAUUUAAUUUUUAAUAAAAAGAAAAAAAAGUAAACCUGCACUAAAAUCUCCAAACUGACGGGUAAAUGUAGCCUCAGAGCUCAACCCAAGGCAGAAUCUAAAUCACACUAUUUUCAAGAUUGUGUAUAAAAAGAAAAAAUAAAGUAAUGGUGUGUGGCCAAUUAUGAUUAUAAUUUUUUCAAGGACUGUGUCACAAAGCUGUCUAUAUUAGACAUUUUAGAGGGACCAGGGAAUUUAAGACACCAAAUUAUUCAUCUCUUCAGUGUGCUCGAUUUUGCUUUGUGAUUUGUUGUUACUUUUUAACCUCCUAUGUCUGCGCUGCAGACUGGGCUCUGGGUCCGCCUUUGAGCUUUGUGAGAUCCAGCACUGGUGUCUGCUCAGUCGGCCAUGGCUGACAAGAGAAGGUGUUUCAGCAGCAUCUGCCUUUUUAAGAUAAUGUUGCAGGAUGAACAGAACAGCAGGCAUGCCCUCCUUUAUGUUUUGAGAGUUGCCUUCCUAAAGGGUACAAUUUUGUCUUUUGUUUUAAUAAAAAGAGAACCUAAACUGUACUGACCAGUAAGUUUUAAAAAUGGGUAUUGAGAAACUGUCUGGUCAGAUUGGAUUUACAGCAACAUUUUCUUUCUCUUCUGUCAGAGGAAAUUCGUUUAAGUCAGGGCUGGGGGGAAAAGAAUGCUUUUAGGUUUGCUCUUAAAAACAAUCAUGUAGAAGCAUGAGCUAUGUGUUGGAAGUGCCCUGGUUUUAAUCCACACACUUAAAGAUGGUACAUAAUCCUAAGAUUUAAAUGUACAUGAAAAUAUAGUUUGGUAUUCUUUGCUCUACUGUUUACAUUGCAGACUGCUAUAAUUUCAAGGAGUUAUUAAUAAAGUGAUGCACUUUAGGACGUUUUCUAUUUUUGAAAUCUGAACAUGAAUCAUUUACAUGACCAAAAAUUGUAUUUUUUAAAAGAAAUACAUGUCUAGUCUGUCCUUUUUAAGUAAUUGGUCUCUUAAAUAAGCUAUGAUAUAAAUCAAAUCAUUACCAGUUAACUUUUAAAGCACAUUUUAAGAGUAUUGUUUUGAAAAAAAAAAAUUAUAGAAUUUUUUUUUAAAGCUACAUAUAAAUGAGAAGCAACUAAAUGUUUUGAAAUCUGUUGUUUCUGCCUAAGGUAAAUUAAAAGAUUUAUUCAGGAAUCCCCUUUCAAAUUUCUGUGAUUCAAUAAAAAGAAAAA